AUGCACAAAAGGGCCGUUAGAACGGUGCUCCGAGCCAGUUCAGCUCGCGUGACUCCCACCCGUGCUAUUUCCACUCUCAUGGAAUCGAAAAUCCGCCAACUCCGCCCGUUCGACGUACCUUCUGUGUCUCAAUCUCAGCCACCCCCACGCAAGGGGCGCAACACUGAUCCAGAGAGUCUUAACUACUACGAGACCCGCCAGCUGCGGUACAUGGUGCCACGGAAGCGUAUCAACAAAUCUGUCUACGCCUCCAUCACCAAGGCGCUCUAUUCGAAAGAAAUCAACAUCGACGACAUCUACAACCUGUAUCUGAACCUGCCCACACCCAGACCGCUUCAUCUGCAACAUGCUGAGUUGGAACAACUGCUGGAUCUGAUCAUAUCGCCGGCUCUGCGUGAUAAACACACCAUCAAGCGGUUGUUGACUAUCAGUGAAGACAUGCGCGAAUGUAAAAUCCCGUUAUCUAUCAAGGAAGUCAACACCUUGGUGUACCUCGUGCUGAGAGACAAAAACUGGCAGACUCAAUACAACCCGGCAAAGCCAGCGCCCCCGAGUUCGGCAGACAUGGAAUACAUGAUGCAGCUGCUCUCAGGAAACGUCGAAUGGCCUGUUUCUACCUUCAAUAUCGCCUUGGUGAUUUGCAAGGGAGAUAAUAAGGCAUUUCAGGAGCUGCUGGACAAAAUGGAGCAAAAGGGAGUGCAAUGGGACGCCACUACAGUACAGACAGUGUUCAGACAGCGACUAAGGGCUGGUGAGGACACUCUGGAGACCUUCUACAGUCUUUAUUCAGGCAGAGACACGGGACCCCAAGAUGUCAACAUUCUGAUAUGGGGGUUACUGCGAAGUGGUGAAGGAGGAUACGACAAGGCUGUGGCUGUGAUUUCGCAUCUUGCCCAGUUCUCCACCAGCGAGAUCAACAAUGCUGUUCGUCAGAACAAGAGUGCUUUCAAAGCUGCGAAGUUCGAGAGGAAGACGGCCCGGAAGAAGAAUGCCAAGACUACCACAUACAAGCACAUGAGCUCUAUAGGUGACAUUCCUCCGACAACCAUGACUCCCGAAACGUUUUCCAUGCUCCUCCAUCACCACAAAUCCUUCUCAGAGUGCACCAGAGUGCUCAAAAUGGCCCAGAUGUACUUUGGAGAAGUGCCCACAAUGUGUCUCCAAGACAUGUACCAAGGGUUUGAGAAGCAUGAGACGUGGACGGGCGAUGAUCUCAUUUAUCUGACCGAGUACGUGCUUAAAACGAAGCCUGACAAUGCCAUUUUCACUCUAGAGCUAUUCAUGGCGGCUCUGAAGGCGUACAAGGCGACCGGGGUGAUCGAUGCUCGAGGAGGAACUGCGUUGAUUUCCGAGGCCAACUGCCUGGAGGCCGUGCGACUGGCAAGGACGGACGAGGAGAAGCAGGCGUACAUUUUUAUUUAUUUUAGACGGUUGCAUGUUCAAAAACACCAGGGGCUUGGAGGCGGAGAGCUGAAGCCGCCCAUCAGCAUGGUCCAGGAGUGGAUGGACGUGUUUCUGGACAAGUCGCGGUAUGCCAGAGAGAUGGCUGCUCCUAAGGAGAUGCAGGAGGAGAAGGUGGAACAGCCUACACGGACAGCAUGGUCGAAACUGGAGGAAGCGGACUUUUACAUUGAAGCUGAGAUGGAAACUAGGGUUGAGGAGGACCUUCAAAUUGGAGAUGAGUCUACCAAGGACGCAAAUGAAUCGACAAAAUAA